AUGUCGGCGGCGGUGGGCCUGCAGCAGCAGCAGCAGCAGCCGCCGCAGCCGCCGCCUCCGCAGCCGCCGCCGCCGCUGCACCACCAUCACCACCACCACCUGCACCACCACCACCAGCACCCGCACCAGCACCACCACCCGCCGGUCGUGCCCGUGGCCGUGCCCGUGGCGCGCGCGCCGGGCGUGCCGCCCCCGACGCCGCCUCCGCCGCCGCCGCCCCCGGGCCUGGCGCUGCCGACGCUGCCCCCGGGCCCGCCUCCGGCGCUGCACCCACCGCCUCCCGAUAUGGCGCCCGUCGCCGUGCCGCCACCCGGACCGGACGUCCUGCUCGCGCUUCUGGCCCGAAACAAGGCGCUAGAAGGUGUGUUUCUCAGUAAGAAGCACGUGUCUGAGUCGAGAGGACGUGGACGGCGACUUGGCACGGUGAGUGGGCGGUUGCGGGGAGGGAACAAAGGAGCGGGGCGGCCGGACAGGCAGCGGCCGCACGUGGCUUUAUUGGGAUUACUGGCCGGUGGCGAGCGGUCAACGGUGCGAACCUGCGCGGCAGGCGGCGGCGGCGGCGGCGGCGGGCAGGAGGUUUUAAUUUGCCUAAUGGCGGGGCGGCCACUUGACAAAUGGGCCCGCAGGGUCCUCCUCAACAUCCACUGGGUGUUGCCAUCUGGCCCCCACCCCGCGCCCGCCGCCGCUUUUAUUGACUCCGGCCAGCCAGUGAUGCAUGCAAAGACGCGGGCGCCGGCUCUGCCCCUUCCUUCCCUUGUCUGA